UGCAACGGAUCAAAGAUGAUGUCCAGGAAGAUCCCCCAGUGCUCUGCAGUGGAUCAGUCGGAGCACGAUCAGCCUCCCAACCACUGUCAGGUGGACCGGUCCACAAACGCAGCACUGGGGUGCAGGAACAAGACUGAAUCAGGUCAGAGAAAUGGAGAGACGACAUCAUCCUCUCCGGAGAGCGGCAGCUUGAAUGGAGAUGGAAAGCGCAGUGGGAAAAGCCGCCGCCGCAGGAAACGUUCAUCGAAUCCCGAGAGCCGCCCUGAAGAGAAUGUCGACAGGAAGACCAAAACCGAGGAGAAGCCAGACAAGAAGACCAGCCAGUCUGAUCCCCGUGCUGGUCUGAUUGGCCUGCAGUCCGAGUGUGCUUACGUGUGGUUUGAACGCAACAUCUACGAGCGAGCCGAGAGCCGCUACCAGUGCUGGUUGGCGAGUUCUUCCAACGGUACCACCCAGUCAAACCGGUCACCUCCAGCCCCAGGAAAACACUCAAACUCUUCAUCUGCUGUGGCUCCAUCUUUCUCAGGACUGGCUUGCCACCAUGGCGAUCAGGUGGCCUGUCACCAUGUUGUCCAGGCAGUGUGGGUGAACAAGACAACCUUUGACCAAGCAGAACGGCGCUUUGUUGAAGAAUCCAUGCAGCCAUCCAUUCCGAACUCUCUGGACCUCCCAUCGCCACCUAACCGCUCCAUCGCAUCCAGAACACCUGAUGAAGGAUAUCAGUCUCUAGCUCCGACACCUGCAACCCCUGUCAUCCAGCAGGCAGCCGUCACACCUACUAAUCGUCAGUCAGUUAAUGGACUGCCUCGCAUCCCACUGGAGCUGCUCAGAGACGUGUGGCUGGAGAAACCGCUGUAUGACCGUGCUGAAGCAGCCUUUUAUCAGAAUCUAUACGGCAACAAUUCCUCCAAGCGGUCCAGCUGCACCUCCACAUCCAGAAGUAGCGACCACCCUCAGAGCCUUGUAGAAGAAGAGGAAGAAGAAGAGGAUGAGGAUGUGUUGGUAGAGGAAAAACGGGCGGUCCAGCAGGGUAAAGCAGAUGUCUUUCACGCUCUGCACCCAAUCCAAGAAGAAGAGGAGCCAGCUGAGGUCCCGGAGAGGGAAGAAUCGGCAGCAGGAGUCUGCUACUUCCUCCACCCAGACAGCGAGCGGGUGUGGCUGGACAAGUGGCGGUAUGAUGCAGCGGAGAGCCGUUUCCAUGGUUACAGUCACGAAAAAGCUGCCGUGGUGAAGAAGGGUCGGAGGCCAGAAGCAGAUGCCUCAUCAGUUGCCUCCACUGCCACACUGAGGGACAACACCAUGAGCGCAGUCGACUUUUUGGCCCAGGAGAAGAUCUGGUUUGACAAACCUCGCUACGAUGAGGCAGAGAGACGCUUCUAUGAGCGCAUGAACGGCUCAUCACAACCAAAACAGGAUGUUGGAGCUAACACGAUUCUGCAGGACAUUGCAAGGGCCAGGGAAAACAUCCAGAAAUCUCUCGCAGGACUGAAGACUACAUUAUCUAAGAGAGGGUCUGGUCAACCUCCCAUGAGCCAACACCAGCUUAGCGCCGGUAGCAGCAGCAGCAGCGGCACAGCUGAUCAAGGAGAACUCGUCUCUCGGAUCAAGAGCCUGGAGCUGGAGAACCAGAGCUUACACAAAGUCGUAGACGACUUAAGGGCAGCACUUAACAAACUGGAAAGUCGAGUAGCAGUUCUGGAAAAAUCUCCUCCCGUGGCUGUGACACCAGCUCCUGCUCCUUCAGUCCCCUACACAAACGGCACUACUGUCCAGCAGAAGACCAGCGCCCCAGUUAAAGAGGAAGACGACGACGACGACGAUAUCGACCUGUUCGGCAGCGACGAGGACGACGAAGCAGAGAAACUCAAAGAGCAGAGGCUGAAAGAGUACGCAGAGAAGAAAGCCAAGAAACCCGCCCUCAUCGCCAAGUCCUCGAUCUUAUUGGAUGUCAAACCCUGGGAUGAUGAAACAGACAUGGCGAAGCUGGAGGAGUGUGUGCGCUCGGUUCAGGCCGACGGUCUGUUAUGGGGCUCGUCCAAGCUGGUUCCUGUGGGUUACGGCAUCAAGAAGCUGCAGAUCGCAUGUGUGGUGGAGGAUGACAAGGUGGGAACAGACAUGUUAGAGGAGGAGAUCACCAAGUUUGAAGACUAUGUCCAGAGUGUCGACGUAGCAGCUUUCAACAAGAUCUGAUCCCAGCAUGUCUUUCUCUGUCUGUCAUCACGCCUUGUUUCUCUGCUGAUUGUGUCAACGGUUAAUAAUAAUAAAAACCAACUCUAGCACUGAA